CCUGCCUUGAAUGUACGAAGUAUUACCUAGGCCUUGCCCAAGUGGUCGUGUCCAAGAAGUAAUUAUGAAGUAUUCUGAUGUCUUUCCACCUCGGUGGAGGGGAGGGGCUUUGCUUGCCACUGCCAAUGUCCACUUCAAGCCAGACCGCCUCACUAAGAAGAUGGCGUGGGUGGGACUGUCCGGGUCACAUGAUUACCUUAUAUAGUCCGCACGUAGUGCGGAUAUCGAAGUACCCCGUUAUUCGCACAUUUCCCAUAUUCAUUUGUUCUUUUCUGGUCCCAGGUUGAGGAGAGGGGACAAAAGUUUUCUGCUUGGCUUCCCUCGUCAUA